AAAAUAUAAAGACUGUAAAUAAUACAUAUUUUGUGAUUUGUGUAAUUUAAGAAUUAAAAGAAGUUAUCAACACAUAAAAAAGAGGGCGUAGUGCCCAACAGGAGUAUUCGUAACUUUUAUGUAAAAUAAUACUUUAACAAACGUUUUGCUCUGUUAUCAGAUCAUCUUUAGUGUAAUCAGUUAAGAUAAUACAUAAAGAUUAAUAAACAAAAAGAUAAAAAUAAAAACCGCAAUACAUUGCAUCAAUCGCAUUAGUUCCUAUCGUAAUAUAAAAUUCAAAUCGAACGCACAUACUAUUUCUUUAAAGAAUAAAAGUCGAAAAAUAAACUGAAAUAAAUAACGAUUCACAAAUAACAACAUGUCAUAUAACAUGUUACAUGUCAAUGAACUAAUAACAUUAGUGAAAAUUUUACAACAUGACUCUCUACAUAGAACACCAUGAUCAUCUUAUCACAAUAUUUAUGUAUGUACGUAUUCAGAAAACAUUUUUCUUACACGUUUAUUUCGAUGACAUGUUAUUAUUUGUGAAUCCGUAAUUCAUUUCAGUUUACUCCUCGACUUUUAUAUAAAAAAAAUAGCAUGUGCGUUUGAUUCAAAUUUUAUAUGCGAUAAAAACUAAUGCAAUUAAUGCAUUUAUUGUGAUUUAUAUUUUUAUCUUUUUGUUUACCGGUCUUUGUGUUACCUUAACUUAUCACAUUAAAGAUGGUCUGAUAACAGACCAAAACAUUUGUUAAAAUAUUAUUUUAGUUAAAAUAAGAACCAAUGCGAUUAAUGCAAUGUUUUGCGGUUUUUAUUUACAUCCCCUUGUUUACUAGUCUUUAUAUAUUAUCUUGACUAAUUACACUAAAGAUGAUCUGAUAACAGACCGAAACGUUUGUUAAAGUAUUAUUUGAAAUUAAGGUUACGAACACCCUGUUGUGGCUCCAUGCUUUCCUUUUUAUGUGGUGAUUUCUAAUCAUUUGAGUUUUUAGAUAUUAAAAGAAGACAGCAGAAAAAGGAAACAAAACUUGCUAAAACUAACUAAUUAUUUCGUCAGUCAAUAAUGAUCACUAUUAUACUGCUAUUACUUACCCUUAUUCUACUGAUAUCUAAUUACUAUGUGCAUUAUCAUCGAAGAAAGGGGCGACUUAUCAAUCUUAUACCAGGACCAUCAGGUUAUCCGAUUGUUGGAAAUGCAUUUCAAUAUCUUGCUUCACGAGAAGAACUAUGGAAGUUUCUGAUUACCUUAACUGACGAGUUUUAUCCCAUUGGAAAAGUUUGGGGAUUCUUUUUUCCCGUAAUAUCCAUCCGUCAUCCGAAUGAUUUAGAGACAAUAUUAAGCAGCACAAAACAUAUCGAAAAGAGUAUUUUUUAUGAUAUUUUACAUCCGUUUUUCGGUACUGGUCUUCUCACUAGUGGAGGCGCCAAGUUUGCAUUCACGACGAAAGAUAUUAACUCCCACAUUUCAUUUUAAUAUAUUACAGCAGUUUAUUCAGAUUUUGAACGAAGAAAGUGAAAACAUGUCCAAAUCUUUGAAAAAUGCAGAAAGCACAGUUGUGAAAAAUUUAGUACCAUUUUUUAGUGAACAUACGCUGAAUGCAAUAUGUGGUAUGAUGUGUUCAUAACUGAAUAUUUUAACUGUAAAUGUUAUUGCUAUUCAUAAAUAAAAUUAGACUAAAUCAAAUUUUUAAAAUUGUAAGUAUGAAUGUCACAACAUAGAUACUGAUUCGUAAUUUUGACAGCCACACAUAUUUUGAAAUAUAUAUGAUAAUAUUAUCUUGAUACUUUUACAAAUGCGUUUGCAGAAACAUGGGCACUUCUUUACGAGGCCUCGGUGAUUUCCAGCAGCAGUAUCGAGAAGCGGUUCAUCGGAUGGGAGAACUUUUUAUUUACAGGUAUAAUAAUUCAUGUUUUAUUAGUUAUAAAUAACUGUAUAUUUAUAUUCUGUCUUAA